AUGGAUCCUACAAAAUGGACUAUUGAUCAAGUAGCAGAUUGGUUGAAUGACAAAGGACUGCAUGACUACGUCAAGAAUUUCAAAGAGAAUGGAAUUGACGGGAAAACACUUCUGAGCGAAGGUCUUGGAGAAGCCGAGCAGAAGGAACUUAUACCAGUCAUGAAGGGUCGUAUUACUUUCAAAGAAGCUUUGCAGAAACUCAAGAAUUCGUUGGCAUCUGAUCAGACCGCGGUGUUAUCCUCAACAGACGAGCCUCCGUCCUAUGCAGACAGCACAAUGAACACAUCAGGGCUAGAACAUCAAGAAAAAAGUACCAAGCCUGGAUCUCAAGCACAAGCUUGGAACGAAACUGCGGAUUCAGCUGAUGUUACCUUAGCUUUGGACAAAUCCUAUGCUGGAAUGUCAUCUACAACGUGUAAAAAACCAUCACAGGACGAUCAAUACGACACCAUAUCUACCGCUGACGUCAGUGUGACCAUCAUGGAUGACCAGAGUAAGGAUACGUUAUCAACACCUUCAAACUCGACAAACAACCAAGAACCAACCGUACCAAAAGAACUACCAAAUCUUCUAACGUCAGAAACUUCAGGCAGAGCAUCACGUGAAAACUCCGAGACGACCACUAAAAUCAAAGUUUGGUGUCAAAUUGACGGAUAUGAACCGGAAGGAAUUCUACUCGAUAGAUCUGCUGAUAUUGAUGAUUUGAAAGGACAAGUACUUAGUGAACAAAGUACUAAACGCUCAUACCGCGCUUAUUACCAAAAUCAAUUACUCAAUGCUAACACGCGUAUUCCAUUCGAUACGACAGUUGAUCGACCAGUAAUUCUUAAGAAAAUUGAUCCAUCGCAAUCGACAGGAACUAAUGAUACAAAACCAAGCGUGACUCACACAGAAGCACAUCAUUCAAAACUACCAGUGGCGAACGAAGGCGCGGAUUUAUUCUCAGAAUUUCAAAGUAUACUUCGAGGCCUGUUACAAGAAUAUCGUGUUCCAAUAGAAGAGUUAAAUUUUGAUGAAGUUGCCCGUCUCCUUUACGACCAACACAACGAAGCAUUAGCACAGAUAAAGGAACUACUGCUCGAAAAUGCUUUCAAAGAGUUUUCAAAAAAGUUCCUUGAACAUCCCCGGAUCAACGAAAUAUGGAGAAGUAGAAAAAUGCAAGCAGAAGGUGGCAUUUUCAAGAAAUUUCAAGACGAACUGAAGGUCUUAUGGGAAAAGUAUAAUGUCGAUGCUGAGCUCGAUUUCAAUCGUGUAUCACAACGACUAUUUGACGAAGAUAUGAGUGUUCUUGAAGAAAUUAAAGAACAUCUUAUACCCAGACAAUUCAAAAAUUUUACAGAUGAACUGAAUGCCAAUGAAUUGUUUAAGAAAGUCUGGCAAAGCAAAACAUUGUCAUCAUCCAGCAGUACUGAUGGUAAUAUGAUGGAAUUUAAAACCGAAAUAAUGAAAGUAUUUCAAUCGGAAAACAUUCAAUUGGAUCCACCUAUUCUUGAGGAACUACUACAAAAACUUCAUAAAGCUGAGGAUGAAAACAUUGCGGAUUUUUUCAAGGAUUUGCUCAUUCCGAAAAAAAUCAAACUAUUUCUUAUAAAACUCCAAUCGAACGAAAAACUCACAGCAAUAUGGCCAGCUAAUAUGGUAAUUUUCGGUAAUAUCAAACGUAUAUUAGGUGUGUUGGUUGUUAGUAAUAUCGACGAACUCUACAGGCUUAUAUCAGAGCUAUAUUUCGAUUGCCAAACCGGCAUGAAACUGAUCGAAAGCAAAUGUACCGGUGAAAUAUUCAACAAAAUCAAAUCAGAUCUCUAUCAAGACCCAGAAAUUCGAAGCAAAGUGUUCCACGAGACGGGUUCUAUUACUACAGUCAGUGUUCCCGAUAACAAACACGNAUCUGCUGAUAUUGAUGAUUUGAAAGGACAAGUACUUAGUGAACAAAGUACUAAACGCUCAUACCGCGCUUAUUACCAAAAUCAAUUACUCAAUGCUAACACGCGUAUUCCAUUCGAUACGACAGUUGAUCGACCAGUAAUUCUUAAGAAAAUUGAUGCAUCGAAAUCGACAGUAACUAAUGAUACAAAACCAAGCGUGACUCACACAGAAGCACAUCAUUCAAAACUACCAGUGGCGAACGAAGAUGCAGAUUUAUUCUCAGAAUUUCAAAGUAUACUUCGAGGCCUGUUACAAGAAUAUCGUGUUCCAAUGAAAGAGUUACAUUUUGAUGAAGUUGUCCGUCUCCUUUACGAUCAACACAACGAAGCAUUAGCACAGAUAAAGGAACUACUACUCGAAAAUGCUUUCAAAGAGUUUUCAAAAAAGUUCCUCGAACAUCCUCGGAUCAACGAAAUAUGGAGAAGUAGAAAAAUCCAAGCAGAAGGUGAUAUUUUCAAGAAAUUUCAAGACGAACUGAAGCUCUUAUGGGAAAAGUAUAAUGUCGACGCUGAGCUCGAUUUCAAUCGUGUAUCACAACGACUAUUUGACGGAGAUAUGAGUGUUCUUGAAGAAAUUAGAGAACAUCUUAUACCCAAACAAUUCAAAAAUUUUACAGAUGAACUGAAUGCCAAUGAAUUGUUUAAGAAAGUCUGGCAAAGCAAAACAUUGUCGUCAUCCAGCAGUACUGAUGGUAAUAUGAUGGAAUUUAAAACCGAAAUAAUGAAAAUAUUUCAAUCGGAAAACAUUCAAUUGGAUCCACCUAUUCUUGAUGAACUACUACAAAAACUUUAUAAAGCUGAGGAUGGAAACAUUGCGGAUUUUUUCAAGGAUUUGCUCAUUCCGAGAAAAAUCAAACUAUUUCUUAUAAAACUUCAAUCGAACGAAAAACUCACAGCAAUAUGGCCAGCAAAUAUGUUAAUUUUCGGUAAUAUCAAACGCAUAUUAGGUGUGUUGGUUGUUAGUAAUAUUGACGAACUCUACAAGCUUAUAUCAGAGCUAUAUUUCGAUUGCCAAACCGGCAUGAAACUGAUCGAAAGCAAAUGUACCGGUGAAAUAUUCAACAAAAUCAAAUCAGAUCUCUAUCAAGACCCAGAAAUUCGAAGCAAAGUAUUCCACGAGACGCACUCUAUUACUACAAUCAGUGUUCCCGAUAACAAGCACGAGUUGAGUGUCAUUUCAAAUUGUAUACAUAUGAGGUCACGCAAUCCUUUUCAAUUGCAAGAUCUUGUACAAGCUGGCGAAUUGCAAUAUAUCAAUCAAACCUUGAAAGUCAUUUCUGACGAAUUAGUUGAAAAUUACAUUCGCAACCGUUGUAGUUUUCUUGAAUUCAUUCAAGAUUGUCUGACACCAAUUAUGUAUUUUUUGAAACGCUUGCAAAAUUUAGAUGAUUUUAUGAAUGCAUUAACAUUCAAAUAUCAAACAGAAAAAUACAACAUGACAAAUCCACCAAGCGACGAUACAAAUCUCAGUUUACGAAUGGUAUUACAUGUUCUACUGAUGAGCUCGGAUAUAUUCUUACGUCGUAUUAUCAUGUCAUUGGCAAGUAAGAGAAAUCCGGUGCCAUUUGUUUCACCUGCUAUUCUAAACCGCGAUGCGAACCAGCAACAUGAAUUUAUACCGGCAAUUAUCCAUGUUUGGGAUCACACAAGACCAACAAUUUUGUCUUUUGGUGUCGGUUCUUGUCAGGGUAAAUCCUCUUUACUGAAUCAACUAUUUAAAUCGACAUUCGAACAACGAAUCGAUAGCGUUUACUUCCAAGGAACAAUCGACCUUGAUUUCGGUUACUGUUUCGUUCCCGAACGUCUAUUAAACAUUGCUGAUGCACAUGGGACACUUGACAAACAGCUUUUGCAGAAAAUUCAAUCGUUAUUCGAUGGAUUUCUAAUCCAUAUCGACAAAACUUCUUUCGAUAAGAAUGCGUCUGGCGUACUUGAAUAUCUCGAGAUCCUAUCGCGUGAUAAAUUUCAAUUCAUGAUCAUCCGCGAUUUACCCAUCAAUAAUCGACAAGAUUAUUUCUCAAAGGCUCAAGCAUUGUUGAAGCAAUCAGAUUCACGAUUGUCAAAGAAUGUGUAUGUGUAUCCAUUAAUAAAUGCUUCAAAUGCAAAUGAUCGAGAUACGAGUUUCGCUAUUCAGUCUUUACGAGAAGAUAUUCAGAAAAAAGUCACAAAAGACAUCAACACAAUCAAUAGCAGGGCUGAAAUUUUGUCUAAUUUACACAGACUAAUGCAGCCAGAUUACGUUCAAUACUUGAAAAAGAUGGAUGGUAUUAUUCAACCAUUGACGAAACGACUAUUAGACAAAAAUCAACGCCGAAAUGAUCAGAAUUUUCCAUUGUACUUGAAAUUUCAAGAAUUGUGCAAAUUACGACAAAGACUCAAACGACUUGAUUUCUACGGUUCCGAAAGUGAAAAUAUGUUUGGAAUCAAUGAUAAGUUAUUCAGAUUGGAAAACGAAUUAGAUCCAUGCAGCAAACACUCCUCGCCAAUUUCAUCCGGGAAUAUUUUCCAAUCAUAUGUCGAUAUCUUAAAGUCAGACAACAUGUUAAUGAGUUUAGAUUUAUUAGCAACUGAAUUAAAAUCUGCAUUGCGAGGUUUAGGUGCGGAUAAAAUAGCUGGAAAUCUCAACACUGAACAUGCAUUUUUAUCAUUGGAAGUUCUUUGGCGAAACUCAAUUAUUUGUCAUGAUCAUUCAUCACCAGAGACACAAAAGCUAAUUCAAGAUUGUUAUUAUGAAUUCGUUGCAGCUGGCUUUCCGUUUGAAAUUAUCGAUGGAGAUAACUUCUAUUUUCAACAUCAGUUUUUAUCAAAAAUUCUACAUCGAUUCGCCUCGAAACGAAUACUAGUUAUAAGUAUCAUAGGUCCACAAAACAGUGGCAAAAGUACACUUUUAAACUAUAUGUUCGGUACAUUAUUUGAUGUGAGAGAUGGGCGAUGUACGCGAGGCAUUUAUGGUUCAUUAGUUAAACUGCCGAAACUUGAUCAAGCACGCUGCGGACAGUUGGAAAUCAUCCUUAAUACUAGCAUACAAAAUAUUGAUUAUAUGAUGUUAAUUGACACAGAAGGUCUUCUAUCGAUCGAGAAAGGAGAUAAAGAAUACGACAGACGUUUAGUUUUAUUCUGCUUGGCUGUAUCACAUUUGGUCAUUGUCAAUAUGUUGGGAGAUGUCAAUGAAGCGUUAAAAGAUAUGUUAACGUUGUGUGCUGAUUCGUUGAAACAAAUUGGUGUCAACACGGUCAAUCAACCAAUCGUGCAUUUCGUUUUAAAUCAAAAAGCUGAUCCAAAUUUGAAAAAUCAUAUAGACGCAAUUGGCAAAAUUAUUGACGAUCUCAAAGAAAAAGAAUUAGCUGAGACUAUUGACAUUAAUGUCAAAACAUUUCAUUCACUGCCAUCGGCGUUUAAGAAAGAACGCGUAUCGAAUGACACUUCAAGUGCGUGUUUUCUCCGAACAGAACCUGAUUUUAUUGAACGUACUCAAGAAUUAUGCAAGAAAGUCAUCGAAUCCGCUAAGUCAGCUUAUGAACGAUGCAGUGAGAUGUUUUCCAAUCCCGAGCAAUGGCUAAAAACAGCUGUGAACAUAUUUGAUACAUUGCAGAAAUUUCCAGAUUUAACUUAUUUCAAGGACAUCAACGAGCGCCGACAAGAUGAUGAAAUACGCAAGAAAAUCAGUGAUCUCAUAUCCGCAACAUUAUCGGCAACAUAUCGAGAAAAAAUGAUCCAGGGUACAUGCGAAUUCACGGAGUAUGACAUUCGCAAUCAUUUUCAGAAAGAGUUUCAAGUGCAUCAAGAGAAUUUUGAUAUACAAUUAGAGAACAUUUUCAAAAUUACUAACGCCUCCGAUCGUAUUCGAGAUCGAUCGCAACAAUUUCUUCAACGACAAGUGACAGAAAUACGUAAUGCUUGGUGUACAGCAGCUAUUCAAGCACGUGACAAAAAACAAAUGGAAAAACUCGUCAAAGAUGGUUUUGCUGAUCUGCGCAAAUUCAUUGAUGAUAUCAUUAAACGUGGAGACACAAAGAACAAAGAAGAAGCAACAAAAGAGUUCGAACUCAUGUGGCUAAGGAAGAUCAAGUCGAUCAAACAGAAUUUCAAUCCAGUGGAACGAUUAAAACAAGCCAUAAAUUUUGUAUAUGCAAAUUAUAAUAUUUUCGAAAAACAAUCUCUACCAACUCAUGAUUGUGUCCUCCAGAACCUCCAAUUAAUUCAAAAACUCAUUGAAAUCAAUGAUAUGAGAAACGUCGUAGAUACAUUGAAGAAAAAUUUCAAUAAAUUAACUACUGACCUUCAAAGUCAUGCGCUGGAAGUUUGUCAUAAACAAUCAGACGCUAGUGUUGGAUAUACCUUGGCUACUCUGCACAAUUUUAAACAUUUGAACAAGGAUAUAUUGACAGAUUUCAAUAAGGCGGGUUCUGUGCAAGCAAACACUUCUGAAACCUUCAACGUGUCACCAGAGGAGAACGUGGAACAGGUAGAACGGAAAAAAGAAAAUUGUUGCAAAGAGGUAUGA